AAUAGUUUCAUAUAGGUAUCAUAAAAGUGAUACACUUUAAUAGUUUCAUAUAGGUAUCAAAUAGGAGGAUCUCGUUUACUCAAGAGCAGUUUCCCACUCUUACCACCUGGCUCGGUGAGCUAUUAUUAUUAUUAUUACUACUGCUAAGUGGCCUUUGGGGGGCACUACACGAUAAUAUCAGUCCAAUGCAGAAUCAACGAGAAUUAAUCUAACUAUGCCUCAAUCCUCAACGUCCUCUGCUUUCGUUUUGUUAUGGUGUAAGUAGGCGAAAGAGGAAUAACAAAAAAAAAAAAGUUAACUGCAAAUAUGCUCAGUAGCAGCAGUCAGAAUAAUAUGACGCUUUCAGUACAGACACGUUUAAUGGCGGCCCUCAAUCAUUCGUUGUUUCGUAUUCACGAUUUUGUCUAACAAAACAAAUUCACUCCUUGUCUUUUGAUGUCAGGUCUUCUGUCUCAAUGUGACGACGCACUUUAGAGGGUUUCAUUGGCUCAUAACCGGCCAUACAAAUAACGCACUGGACGCAGGUGUGUGAUGCGAUGAAUCCGUAACUUCAGUAGGACUUUGGUAUUUUAUUUUACAAGUCCCUUUCUUUAUGGAGUCUGUAACCCUUCUGAGCUUCAGUCAAAUUUGUGUUCGGGACAUUGCUACACGGAUACAGAAAUAAAGACGAGCUGCCGGAGCGGAAGUGGUUGUUUUUCAAAAUAAGAUACUAGGAAGACAAUAAAAUGCCUACUAUAAUAUUAAACGCGGUUAUUUCCUUUUUUUGCGGCCCGUUACUGAAGGACCCUUUGUCCAGUACCGGUUCUCGGACCGGUGGUGGGGAACCCCCGAACCAGAACCCACAGAUACUGUGAUUUUAACACGACGGCUUAACGUUCUCGCGAGAUAAAACGGGAACAUGUGAUUUUUAACACGACGGUUUGACAUUCUCGCGAGAUAAAAACGAGACAAUGGCCAACGAAGACACUUGAUGAAAGCGUCGAGUAAACGUCUUCUUGUAAUAUUUUGUAUGGAUAGACGCUGGUUGUUUGCAAGAUACAAAUCCGUGUUACUGUCACUGGGUGAAAGGACGACAGUGUUGUGCUUGUGUGGCGAGUGCACGCGCCUCAAAUCAGUAACAAGCGGCAGCGCUUCAUCGGUCUACAGCACGAGAGCUCAUCUCACUUUCGCCAAUAUCCUCCCAACCAGGCAUGUGUGACACAGCGCAGGUGGCAAAUGAGAAUUGGAGACUGAACCACGUCACGGGGGAUCUGUUCUCGUGUCCCGCGGACGAGGCUCUGGCCCACUGCAUCAGUGAGGACUGCCGCAUGGGGGCAGGCAUCGCAGUGAUGUUCAAGCACAAAUUCAAAGGGCUCGAGGAGCUCAAGGGGCAGAAGAAGCUGGUGGGACAGUGUGCGGUGCUAAAGAGAGGCGAACGAUUUGUGUACUAUCUGAUCACAAAGAAGAAGGUGAGCCAAAAGCCGAACUAUGACAACUUGAGGCAGAGUUUGGAGGAUAUGAGAGCGCACUGUAUCCAAAAUGGAGUCACUCGAAUUUCGAUGCCUCGUAUUGGCUGUGGCCUGGAUCGACUGAAGUGGGAAAGAGUUUCAGAGAUACUGGAAGAGGUCUUUGAGCCUGCAGAUAUGUCUGUCACAGUCUACAGCCUCCCUGUGAAAGCUGAGAGCUUGGUGAUGAAGGAAAAUACAUCCAGAUGAUUCUUGGAAAUGUUUUGCAUUAUUCGUGUUUGAUGUUCUACAAAUGUUGACCGUGAUAUUAAAGAAUAAAUGGUCUUUUCGCACUACAUGAUAAA